AUGACUUCUCCUACCGACCGUGAUAUCCUGCCAGACACCAUUAAACCAACCAACUAUGACUUAACCCUCUUCAAUCUGGAUCUCGGCGGGUCCUGGGCCUAUGAUGGUCUCGUCAAGAUCGAUUCCAAGGUCAAGGCUGACACUAAAGAGCUGGUGAUCAAUGCCAAAGAGCUGGAAAUCCAGAAAGCACAAGUAUUUGCAAAAGAUGGCAAAUCUCCCAUUACCUCAUCCACAGACGUUUCCUAUGACAAGAAGAACGAGCGAGCGACGAUCAAAUUUCCGGACAGCAUCCCCUCUGGUGACGUUGUAAUAGCAAUCGAAUACAAGGGCAUUAUCAACAACAACAUGGCCGGCUUCUACCGUUCCAAGUACAAGCCUGCUGUAAGCCCAGCGACUGGCACUCCCACCGAUGGUGAAUUUCACUACAUGUUCAGCACCCAGUUUGAAGCCUGUGAAGCUCGACGAGCCUUCCCCUGCUUCGACGAGCCAAACCUCAAAGCUUCUUUCGAAUUUGAGGUUGAGAUUCCCCAAGACCUGGUAGCAUUGAGCAACAUGCCCGAAAAGAAUGUCACAAAAGGGAGCAAGGAUGGUCUGAAGAAGGUAGCUUUUGAGAAGACUCCAGCCAUGAGUACAUAUCUCGCUGCGUGGGCUAUUGGUGAUUUUGAGUAUGUUGAGGCAUUCACUGAGCGCAAAUACAACGGGGAAAACCUACCAGUCCGAGUAUAUACUACGCGCGGUCUUAAAGACCAAGGUCGUUUCGCUUUGGAGCAUGCCCACAAGACGAUCGACUACUUUUCUGACAUUUUUGGUAUUGAGUAUCCUCUUCCGAAAUCCGAUCUCCUUGCUGUUCACGAGUUUGCGAUGGGUGCCAUGGAAAACUGGGGGCUCGUCACCUACCGAACCACUGCUGUCUUAUAUGAUGAAGGGAAAUCCGAUGCAAAAUUCAAGAAUAGGGUUGCGUAUGUUGUUGCCCAUGAAUUGGCUCAUCAGUGGUUUGGCAACCUGGUCACCAUGGAUUGGUGGAGCGAGCUGUGGUUAAACGAAGGUUUUGCAACAUGGGUCGGUUGGCUUGCAGUUGACCACCUUCAUCCCGAGUGGAAAGUUUGGAGUCAGUUUGUGGCUGAAGGUUAUCAACAAGCUCUCCAACUAGACUCUCUCCGCGCAUCUCACCCCAUCGAAGUCCCAGUCCGGAAUGCCCUGGAGGUCGACCAAAUCUUUGAUCAAAUCUCCUACCUCAAAGGAAGCUCUGUAAUUCGGAUGUUGAGCAACCACCUUGGCCAGGAAGUCUUUCUAAAAGGUGUUGGCGACUAUCUGCGGGCGCAUGCCUAUGGGAAUGCAAGAACAACCGAUUUGUGGGAUGCUCUCAGCUCUGCUUCUGGUCAAGAUGUCUUGUCCUUUAUGGACCCUUGGAUUCGCAAGAUUGGAUUCCCAGUCGUGACGGUCGCUGAAGAGCCUGGUCAGAUCUCUAUUCGUCAAGAACGAUUCUUAAGCACGGGCGACGUCAAAACAGAAGAGAACGUUACUACAUGGUGGAUUCCUGUCGGCCUCAAAACUGGAAAUCCUUCGAAAAUCGUUCACAGUGCUCUAACCGCUAAGGAAGACACAGUACGUGGCAUUGACGAUGAAUUCUACAAGAUCAAUGCCGACCAAAGCGGGUUUUAUCGAACGAAUUAUCCUCCUCCGCGUUUGAUUAAGCUUAGUGAAAAGCAAGAUCUUCUCUCCGUAGAAGAUAAAAUUGGUCUAUUGGGCGAUGCAACAGCACUUGCAGUUUCGGGUCAUGGAACAACCUCUGCCCUGCUUGCACUUCUAGAAGGCUUUCAGAAAGAGCGAAAUUUCCUAGUGUGGCAGGCAAUUCAAGGGUCCUUGUCAAAGGUUCGAUCUGUGUUUGCUUCUAACAAGGAGGUAGCCGCGGCUUUGAAAAAGUUCACACUGAGAUUGGUGUCCCCUGCGGCCGAAUCGAUUGGCUGGGAAUUCCCCAAAGAUGAGGAGUGGCUGACAGGGCAGUCGAGAAAACUUCUUCUCGCCGCUGCAGCAGGUGCGGGCCACGAAUCUAUUAUCGCAGAGGGGAAGGAAAAGUUCGCCGCCUGGAAUUCUGGUGAUGAGAAGGCAAUCCACCAAAAUCUUCGGGGCGUUGUCUUCAAUAUGGCCAUCGCAAAUGGAGGACAAGAAGAGUUUGAAGCUGUCAAAGCCGAGUUCCUCAGAACUACUUCUGUGGAUGGUAAAGAGAUUGCUAUCCAAGCUCUUGGCCGAUCGAAGAACUACGAUAAUGCACUGAGCCUACUAGAUUUUGUGACAUCUGACUCUGUCCCUCCACAAGACGCUCACAGCGGUAUCAUCGCCGUCGCAGGCAACGCAGAGACGCGGACAGCUGCUUGGGAAUUCACCAAGAAUAACUGGCCUAAAGUUCAAAAGAGACUCGGGGGUACGAGCGUUGUCAUCGACCGCUGGAUCAAAAACGGACUGGUCAAUUACGCCGAUACUGCAAUUCGAGACGACAUUGCGGAAUUCUUCAAGGACAAGGAUACGGGUCCCUUCAGUCGAAGUCUGGUCAUCAUUUCUGACACGAUCACCGGUAAUGCAAAUUACAAGAUGCGCGAUGAAGCUCAGGUACUGGAGUGGUUGAAGAUGCAUGGUUAUGCCUAA